AUGAGAUAUUCACUCUGCAUUGUAUUCCUUCUUAUUGGUGUUUCACAUAGUUUAUUUGGUCCUAUUGGGCAAGUUAUAAGCAAUGCUGGUAAACCAAUAAACUCUAUUACAAAUGAAGUUAGCAAUUCCGUGAAUGCUGCUACUAAUGAAGUUAGUAAUACGGUGAAUUCUGCUACAAAUCAUAUUAAUCAUAUCAGUCAAGCAGUUGACAAAUUCUUGAAAGAUCUUCAAGCUCAUAUCAGUAAUCUCAUUCGUGAUAUAUUAAUGAAGGCAAAUGAAUUACAAUCUGCUGCUGAUUCUCUUUGGGAUAAUGUAUUCAGUCCAGUUUUCGAUAUGUUAACUACAGGUGGACAAUCAUUACUCAGUGAUAAAUUUGGUGCUAUUUUUAGUAUUAUUGGUCGUCCUAUUGGAGUACCAGAAAAUGCUCUUUCAGAAAAAUAUGUUCAAUUACUUGCUCGUUUGAAAUCAAACAUACAUCAUUUAUAUGAACAAUUAUUUUUAAUGGAAAAAGAAGCUUUAGUAGCUUUAGGAAACGGUGACCAUAAUGUUGAAGAAAGAAUUCGUGCAUUCUAUGAUAAAAUUGAUGCUAUUCAUAAACAAAUAAAUGAAUGGGCAUUGGAAACAAAAAAUGAAUUAGAAUUACAUGCGCAAAUUGUCGGAGGUGAUUGGGUUAAUAUUCUUAAUCAAUACAGUCAAAAUAUUGAUUUAAGUGUUAAAACAAUCGGUACUUUAUUUCAACAAUUAACACAUACUUUAAUGAAAAAUAUUCUUGAAGUUGUUCUUACUGUUGUUCCAAAUGCCAUUAAUAUUAUUCAAAACUUGAAAGAACAAGAUUUACUUUCAUUUUUUCAUCUUUAA